CAGCUUUUCAUCGCCAUCAGUAGGACUCUCAAUGCUAUGACUAAUGUUUGAAAAGACAGUUACACCGGUAAAUAGUACUGUAAGAUUCAACCCGAUUGAUAACCCCGCGGUCAAAUGGGAUUCUCUGGCUAGGGCGGAUACCCUCUUUCUCUCUCGUGUUCUGCCGAGUUAUCCAUCUUAUUUUAUCAAUCGAACACGGAUCAGAUAAAUCCUGGCACUUACCCCUCCUAUUCAGAUUUCCUGGCACGUUCUCGGUCUGGUUCCGGCAAGAUGGUUUCAAGGAAAUGGAAUAUCAGCUCCAUGCUGCUAUUCUCGACAGCUCUGUUGGCACUGUCGGCCUUCAAUUAUGGUCUGAGUGACCAGGCUUUCUCGUCGUGUCAGGCCAUGGACUCUUUCAUCAGGCAAUUUGGUAAAUACGACGCCUCGACUCAUACCUGGAAGAUUCCGGCUUUGGACACCUCCCUGUACAACAGUAUUAAAGCUGCCGGUCAAAUUAUCGGAGUCUUCCUCGGUGGUUAUGUCAGCAACAGAUGGGGACGGCGAAUGUGCAUUUUCUCGAUGAGUGUUUAUGCUCUCGGGAGUGCUUCGGUCGUAGUUAGCUCUACCACCCAAGCUCAACUUCAGACGGCACGAGCGCUUCACUAUAUCUACCUUGGAAUGCAAUUGGCCGUUAUUCCCACCUUCCUUGCCGAACUGGCACCCGCCAAGAACCGAGGUGGAAUUGGGGUGAUAUACUGGCUGAGUAUCAAGUGCGGUGGGCUGUUCAUCACCGGCGUGGCCCGAGCUACGAAGACAAUGACGACCGAUGCUGCAUGGCGGAUCCCGUUUGGCCUGAUCCUCGUCAUCCCCUUCAUAGUCCUCUGUUUGGUCUGGUUCAUCCCCGAGUCUCCACGCUGGUAUCUCCUCCGCGAUCGUCAGAUCGAAGCCCUCCAGGCCCUCACUGCCCUCAAGCCCAAGAGUACUCCUGAACAGGCCAUUCAAGAAGAGUUCGAUGUUCUCUCUGCCAAGGUGGCCGAGCAACUCCAAAAGAAGUCGUUCAGGGAUCUCUUCACGCGCCAGAACCGGCAGCGUACCUUUGUGGUUGCUGCGGCAAACUUUUUCCAGCAGGCGACCGGUCAGGCUUUCGCCUCGCAGUACGGAACCUUGUUUGUCAAGCAACUGAAGUCGGUUAAUCCGUUCAGCGUGACCCUCGGUACGAACGCUGUGGAUAUUGGCGCCAUUAUCAUUUGUGCAUCGUUGAUCGAUAUAGUUGGACGUCGAAUGCUCUUCCACACCAGUUCGUUACUCCAGACCACGGCUCUAAUGACCAUGGGCGGUCUUGGCACCGCGGAUUCCAGCAAUGUCCACGCCAAGCAGGGGAUUGUAGCCAUGCUUCUGCUCUUCAGCUUCAGCUGGUCUUUGGGCUGGGCUCCCCUGGUAUACGUGCUGGGUGCCGAGCUUCCCUCUUCUCCGCUCCGAGAGAUGACGCUUCAGAUCGCAUAUACUGUCAAGCUAGUCACCGAAUUCGCCGUGACUUUCACAUAUCCUUACAUGGAAACGGCCGACACCCCGCAUCAUGUUGAUCUCGGCGGCAAACUAGGUUUCAUUUAUGGUUCCCUGUCAGCAUUGGCUUUUCUCUUUGGAUGGUUCUUCAUUCCCGAGACCAAGCAGGUGGAGAUCGAGGACCUUGAUAAGCAGUUUGCUGUCUUCGAGCUUGUGGAUGUUGAGGACCCGACGAAGGGGGCGCCGGCCGUGAUCACUGAACUUCCUCGAUAGAUGAGCAUUCAGGAGCGUACUAGAUUCAAGUAUAGGUUCUGAUGGUAUUGAUUGAUACUUCUUCACAACGUACCUUCGUUCAGGCCAUGAUUCAACUUGUUUUGUGGCUUACGCACCGUGAUCCCCUCGUAUGGACCCGCAGACAAGAUUUUCCGCUGACAAUAUCUGCGAAGUUCAACAGUGCGAUUAUGUCGGAUAUUUGAGAGCAUACAUUGCUUCAGCGUUCUGAUCGUUAUAAUUGAUACCCCUCUGCAUGGUUGCGAUUAUUUUUUUUUGACCAGGCGACUCAAUACCUAGGAUGCGACCGUGAAAGCCGCGCGCCCUUGGCCUUGCAUAUAUAUAUGUAAAGCAGUAUAUUCGAUCAGCUAGAUUCAACUGGGG